CUUCCUCUGCUUCGCAGUCUCGCCCACCGCCACUCCCCUGCCUCCCCCGAAAACCCCAAAGCGCACCAAACCCUAGCGAGCGAGGCGAUCGGCCACCGGCGACCGAGCGCAAUGGAGACUCCCUCGGCGGCCCGAGACCUGGAGGCGGCCGUGCCCGCGGCACCUGCGGCAGCGGCGGCGGCGAAGGCGGAGCCCAAGGCGGCGGCGGUGGCGGGGAAGGCGGAGCAGGAGAAGCAGGCGGCCCCCGCGGCGAAGAAGGUGGCGGAGGAGGAGGAUCCGCGUCUGCGCUGGGCGUUCGUGCGCAAGGUCUACGCGAUCCUGUCCCUCCAGUUCGCGCUCACCGCGGCGGUCGCGACCGUCGCCUGCCUCGUGCGCCCCAUCCCGCGCUUCUUCGCCGUCGGACCUCCCGCCGCCGUCUGGCCCACGUUCAUCGUCAUCCUCGUCUCCCCGCUGAUCGUCAUGUUCCCCAUGCUCAAGUACAGGGAGAAGCACCCCAGGAACCUCGUCCUGCUCGCCCUGUUCACGCUCUGCUGCAGCCUCAGCAUCGCCGUGUCCGCCUCCACCACCUUCGGCACAGUGGUUCUGCAAGCCACCAUCCUCACAGCUUCUUCAGUUGUGGGGCUGACUCUCUUCACUUUCUUGGCUGUCAAGAGGGGCUACGACUUCAGCUUCACCUUCCCGUUCCUCUUCACCUCCCUCCUCGUGCUCCUGGUGUACAUCACCAUCCAGAUCUGCUUCCCGCUGGGAAGGGUGGCCAUGACCAUCUACGGGUUCCUGGCCACCGUCGUGUUCUCGGGCUUCAUCGUCUACGACACCAACAUGCUGCUCAAGCGCCACACCUACAACGAGUACGUCGUCGCCGCCAUCUCCCUCUACCUGGACGUGAUCAACCUCUUCAUGGCCCAGAUGUCGCUCUCCUGCCAUUGAUCGACUGCCAGCCAGCCAGCCUCACCUGACCCCCUCUCCCCUUGACGCCUCGCCCGUCUGGUACAACAUGGUACGUGGAUCACAUCACAUAGCUGCACAAGUCUAGCUGCCUCACAUUAUCCUAAUAUAUACUAGUAGUAAGUGCCAAAUAGCAUUACAGUCCUACAGAGCUGGAGAACUGAUCUGUAAUUUGGCUGGCCACCCUCUAGCUUGAGACAUAGUACAUAUAUCUCGUUCGUAUAUGGCAUUGCCGUAUAAUAGCGAUAGAUAAUCGUAGACCCUGAGAUUGAUCGUGCUUCGGCACCGGAUGGCUGUGAGUGUUAUUUUAUGAUGCUGGUGGGUCUGAAACUUUAAUGGGGGAUCCGAGAUUAUUCACUA